GGGGCAGCCCCGGCCCGGCCCGGCCCGGCGAGCCUAUGCCAGUGGGGCCGCUCAGGCGGCUGUGCACAAGACCGAUUCGCCCUCGCCCGAUGCCCCUGCCAAGGAAAGCCAGGCCAAGGCGGAAUCCAAGUCCUUUGCUAUGGGGAUGUUUAAGGGCCAGCUCACCACGGAGCAGGUGUUCCCCUACCCGUCCGUGCUCAACGAGGAACAGACGCAGUUCCUCCGGGAGCUCGUGGGGCCCUUCUCUCGCUUCUUCCAGGAGGUGAACGACCCUGCCAAGAACGACUCCAUGGAGCAAGUGGAAGACAGCACCUUGCAGGGCCUCAAGGAACUGGGAGCGUUUGGUCUGCAAGUGCCCAGUGAGCUGGGUGGCGUGGGCCUCUGCAACACCCAGUAUGCCCGCCUGGUAGAGAUCGUGGGCAUGCACGACCUCGGCGUGGGCAUCACCCUGGGGGCCCAUCAGAGCAUCGGUUUCAAAGGCAUCCUGCUCUUUGGCACCAAGGCCCAGAGAGAAAAAUACCUCCCAAAAUUGGCAUCUGGGGAGACCGUGGCCGCCUUCUGCCUGACGGAGCCCUCCAGUGGGUCUGACGCAGCCUCCAUCCGAACCUCAGCUGUGCCCAGCCCCUGUGGGAAGUACUACACCCUCAACGGAAGCAAGAUUUGGAUCAGCAAUGGGGGGCUGGCAGAAAUCUUUACAGUCUUUGCCAAAACACCAGUUAAAGAUGCAGCCACGGGCGCCAUGAAGGAGAAGAUCACGGCGUUUGUGGUGGAGAGGAGUUUUGGGGGCAUCACUCAUGGGGCCCCCGAGAAGAAGAUGGGCAUCAAGGCUUCCAAUACAGCUGAGGUGUACUUUGAUGGGGUACAGGUACCAUCCGAAAACGUGCUGGGCGAAGUGGGGGGCGGCUUUAAGGUCGCCAUGCACAUUCUCAACAACGGAAGGUUUGGCAUGGCUGCAGCCCUGGCGGGCACCAUGAAGGGCAUCAUUGCUAAAGCGGUGGAUCAUGCUGCUAACCGUACCCAGUUUGGGGAGAAAAUUCACAACUUUGGGCUGAUCCAGGAGAAGCUGGCCCGGAUGGCUGUGCUACACUAUGUGACCGAGUCCAUGGCUUACAUGGUGAGCGCCAACAUGGACCAGGGAUUCAAGGACUUCCAGAUAGAAGCCGCCAUCAGCAAAAUCUUCGGCUCGGAGGCAGCCUGGAAGGUGACAGAUGAGUGCAUCCAAAUCAUGGGGGGCAUGGGCUUCAUGAAGGAGCCCGGGGUGGAGCGAGUGCUCCGUGAUAUCCGCAUCUUCCGGAUCUUUGAGGGGACAAAUGACAUUCUCCGGCUCUUUGUGGCUCUGCAGGGCUGUAUGGACAAAGGAAAGGAACUCUCGGGGAUCGGCAACGCUCUGAAAAACCCCUUUGGGAACGCCGGCCUCCUGCUAGGAGAGGCGGGCAAACAACUGAGGCGGCGGACAGGGCUAGGCAGUGGCCUGAGUCUCAGUGGGAUCAUCCACCCGGAGUUGAGUCGGAGCGGUAAUUUGGCAGUGCAGGCCCUGGAGCAGUUCUCCACGGUCGUGGAGGCCAAGCUGAUCAAACAUAAGAAGGGGAUUGUCAAUGAGCAGUUUGUGCUGCAGCGCCUGGCAGACAGCGCCAUCGACCUCUACGCCAUGGUGGUGGUGCUCUCCAGAGCCUCAAGAUCCCUGAGCGAGGGCCACUCCACAGCCCAGCACGAAAAAAUGCUCUGUGACAGCUGGUGUAUUGAGGCAGCAGCCAGGGUCCGAGAGAGCAUGGCCGCCCUGCAGUCGGACCCCCAGCAGCAGGAGCUCUUCCGCAACUUCAAGAGCAUCUCCCAGGCCUUGGUCGAGCACGGUGGGGUGGUCACCAGCAACCCCCUGGGCUUCUGAGCACGCACAACCAGGGCCUGGCCUGCUUCCUUCGUGCCUUCUCUCCAGCCAACGCCGUAGCCCCCUCCCCUCCGGGCCCUGCCUUCAGGGGGUCCUCCUGCCCCCAGCACUGUGCCUGCUCUCACAGGGAGCUCUGACUGCCUCAGGAAGAAUAAAGUUCUGACUGUG